GAUCCGCAGACUGCUGCUGUACUUCGCAACAUCGAGACUGUCGUCAAAGGAGCGACCAAUGGCAACGGAAGCAUUGCAGACGUUGUUGAUGCAACCGUCUUCCUUGUCGACAUGAAGGACGAUUACUCUGGCAUGAACGCUGAAUGGAACAGGAUUUGGCCUGAUCGCGCCAAUGCGCCAGCAAGAACCACGGUGGAAGUGCGAGCAUUACCAAGUCCGAGACUGUUGUUUGAGAUCAAGUGCUAUCGUGAAGGCAUGAUUGUUAAGUGCCACUCUUGA